GGCUGGCCGGAUGACGCGCCACUGCAUGCUACGUUCUGGCAUGCCGUGACGGAAGCCAGGGAGCGAGACCGUACGGUACUGGACAAGUUUAUACGGUUCGAAGACAAGUCUAGUGGUCAGGGAUUUGAUCAUUGCACGACGGAUGAGUGCGCCCGUGCGAAGAUUUGCUACAUGCGGAGCGGGAGUACGGCAUUGGGGGCGAGGUGC